CCCAAAAUCGCGAGUGUCCGACAAACCACAUCACCCAGCGAAAUUGUACCUCCACGAGCAGGUGCAAUCGAGAUUAUACAGCCGUCAAUAUGGCCUCCGGAGUACCAGGAACCGCUAUCUCCAAGAAGCGCAAGUUCGUCGCCGAUGGUGUCUUCUAUGCCGAGUUGAACGAGUUCUUCCAGCGCGAGCUGGCCGAGGAAGGAUACUCUGGCGUCGAGGUCCGCGUCACCCCCACAGUCACCGAUAUCAUCAUUCGUGCCACACACACACAAGAAGUUCUCGGCGAGCAAGGACGAAGAAUUCGGGAACUCACAUCUCUCAUCCAAAAGCGAUUCAAGUUUCCCGAGAACUCCGUCUCCCUGUACGCUGCCAAAGUCCAAAACCGUGGUCUCUCCGCUGUCGCCCAAUGCGAGUCCCUCAGAUACAAGCUCCUGAACGGCCUUGCUGUCCGACGAGCAUGCUAUGGUGUUCUUCGAUUCAUUAUGGAGAGUGGUGCUAAGGGUUGCGAGGUUGUCGUUUCUGGAAAGCUUCGUGCUGCCCGUGCCAAGAGCAUGAAGUUCACCGAUGGCUUCAUGAUCCACUCUGGUCAACCAGCCAAGGACUUCAUCGAUUCCGCUACUCGCCACGUUCUCUUGAGACAAGGUGUUUUGGGUAUCAAGGUCAAGAUCAUGCGUGGAUCCGACCCCGAAGGAAAGUCAGGCCCCCAAAAGUCAUUGCCAGACUCUGUUACGAUCAUUGAGCCGAAGGAAGAGCAAAGUGUGGUUCAACCAAUGAGCCAGGACUAUGGAACGAAGGCUGCUGCUUCUGCACAAGCUGCUGAGGCUGCACGUGCGGCGGAACAACAGGGUGAGGAGGCACCAGCGGAGGAGCAAUAGACAGGUGGUUAAACCUUGAUGAUUCUGUUAGGCGUGUAGGGUCAUUUGCAUACGAGCUUUCUCGGCAUUCUGCUGCGAGCUGGUAAUCAUAGCCGAUAAAUUCAGGGCUUUCACAAACUUCCAACAAACAAGACCCCAUAUGUAAUAUUCUUGAACUUGUGAUUC